AUGACAACAACAGAUGAUACAGUUAAAUUUGGGAAAGUUGAAAUAACACAAUAUAAAAGAGCAAUAGGAGGGUCAUGUGGAGUACCAGAAAAAGGGAAAUAUCCAUUAGGAUUAUCUUUUGAGAUUGUAAAUCAAAGUGAAAUGACAUUUGAAGAAUAUGUAGAAAAAUAUCAAAAGAAAACAGAGCCGUUAGAAGAAAUUGGAGAGAAAAAAAGAAAGAAGUUGUUGAGUGAAAACAAACAAGAUUUAACAAAGUAUGAUGAUUCUAUUGAUAUUGAAAUGCAAAAAACAAUGAAAAGAAUUAGUAAAAGAGGAUGUCGUUGUAAAGGAGUAUGUGAUAAGAAUUGUGUUUGUGUCAAACAUGGCCAAUCAUGUAUUUUUGGAGUAUGUGCAUGUAGUGAAAGAGAUUGUUCAAAUAUAAGAGAUGACGAUCCAUGUAUAGGUUCACCUUUUGAUGAUAUUGAUGCAGGGCAACGAAGUAUUUUAUUAAAUGUAACACCAGCACCAGUUAAAAAGCAUAGUUUAUUUAAUUGA